GUGCCAUUCCGUGUGCAUAUAAACACGCUCCAUUGUGACAUGCUCAGGUUACUCUUCGUAUCCUUCUUCAAGCCACCAGUUGAACACUUGACAUCUGAAGUCACCACUUAAAGUACCUUAAACAUCACAUCUAUCAAACCAAAAUGAUUGCCGCCGACCCUGACGUCUCCAAACUCAUUUACGAGCCCAUGAAAUACUCUGGGUCCCUCGACCACCUCUCAUAUGUUGAAGUAACACCCAUCAUCGGCCGUGAGUACACCACCGCGAAAAUAAAAGACAUCCUACAGGCCAACAAUGCCGAACAGCAGCUCCGUGAUUUGGCUGUUGUGAUUAGUGAAAGAGGCGUCGUAUUUUUCAGGAAGGAUCAGAGUGAGCUGAGUGUUGAUGAGUUGAAGCGGUUUACGGAUGAGGUGGGGAGGUUGAGUGGUAGGCCGAAGGAGAAUGGGUUGCAUGUUCAUCCGCUUUAUCGUGACCCGGGGAAUAUCCCGAUGGGGAAUGGGGAGACGGAUGAGAAUAUUUAUGUGAUUAAUUCGGAAGCUGCUAAAGCUCUGUAUAAAACUGUGCCUGGAAGAACGACGAAUCAGCCGAAGGAUCUUUCGAGAGAAUGGCAUAGCGACGCAACCUUUGAAGAAUGUCCCUCUGACUUCAGCUGCCUCAUGAUGCAAGAGACUCCACCUGACGGAGGAGAUACACUCUGGUGCUCCGGCUAUGAGAUUUAUGACCGCAUCUCACCACCAAUGCGAGAAUUCCUCGACGGUCUGACAGCAACCUGUGCUCAACCAGUCUUUAAAUCCGCCUGCACAGCUGGAAACUACGAAGUGAUGUCUCCCCGCGGCUCGCCCCAGAACGUCAGCGACAACUUCGCUCCCUCCCACCCCGUCGUUCGCACAAACCGUCAAACAGGCUGGAAAUCCAUCUUCGCUGGCGUCGGAUUGCACGUCACGCGAAUCAAUGGUUUGUAUGACUACGAAGAGAAGAUGAUCCGUGAUUAUAUCAUGCGUCUAAUUACGCAUAAUCACGAUUGUAUUGCGAGGAUGCAUUGGACGACCGGUGCGGCGGCGAUUUGGAAUAAUUCGUGUGUUUGGCAUGCUGCCACUCCCGAUACGCAUUUGGUGCCUGGUGCGGUGAGGACUGGUAUUCGUGCGAGUUCUAUUGGGGAGAAACCGUAUUUGGAUCCGGCUUCUACGUCGAGGAGGGAGGCUUUAGGGAUUUCUAUUUGAAUGAGCUUGAUGAAUGUCCGUUUUAGUGUUUAGUUAUGGGAUAAAAUCUCAAUUUGAGUUGACUUGUUGAUUGAUGGUUCAGAGUUAACAGCUUACAAACGGUAAAGGGGGGCUCUCUGUGGCAAAUGUGGGAUGGGAAUAAGUAGGCACCUGAAACAUCACUUCCAGAUUUCUAAGUCCAAGUCAAGCUGCUCAACUUGAG